GCGAGGACGGCGUUUCAGUUAGCGGCGAGCCGCUGUCGAGGUAGGGUUUGCCUUUGUCGUCGGUUUCGGCAGCGGACACGCCGCAUUCCCUCCGCGAGCGUACACGAGAUUCCGAUUCACCGUUCGGAUUUUCGCGAGGGACGGCACUAGGGGGUGGAAAGUUCGCGUGGUCGCGGGAUAGUCGCGUUUCUCUCUUGUUUUUCUUCGUCGGAGUGAGUCGUCGCGGGACGGCCCGCGGCGGACAACCUGCUUCUAGUGGUGUCUCGGCGCGUUUCCGGAAGAUAAACGUACAUAAUUGAACACUCGGAGUUAGUCGGUCAGGCAGCUUGAUCGAUCGAUCGAUCAACCGUGUCGCGAUCGCGCGGGCGCGCGCGCUCGAAUUCAGCGACGAGAUAAUGUGAGCCGGUCCGCCGUGUGAGUGUGUGUGAGAGAGAAAGAGAGUCGAAAAUCGGAGCAGAUAGACAGCGAAACGCGUGUUCCACGGCACGGCACUCGACAUGACGCGGAGUGGACUCUAGGACCUUCUCCUUCCAUCACGUCCUUCUUCUUCCUUCUUCCCGCGAGGAAGAAGGCGAAGGGGGCAUAAGCUGAGCGAGAGGCAAACGGAGAUCUGUCUCUUUUCUGCUCUUUCAGCCGGUGAGCACGCUUAGGAGCGCUUACGAGGCGCCAAGCACCUUGAACACGCGCCACGAACAACCGAAUACGUUCGCCGCGAGAGUGAUAAUGACGAUGAUCGCUACCGAGAUGACUGCGACGAUGAAGAAACAGCGAAGCCCGACGUGCUCACGUCGGACCCGCCGCGGUUGGCUCAUCCUCACGGCGAUCUUGCUGCUGCAGUCGCGGCAGGCCCGCGGCGAGAUCUACGCCAAGAUGUUCUCCAGUCAACAGAACCCGACCGACCCGUGCUACGACGAGGACCGACCGCGUCGUUGCAUACCCGACUUCGUGAACGCGGCGUUCGGCGCGUCCGUCGAGGCGUCGUCCACGUGCGGCACCGGCGGGCCCACCCGCUACUGCGACGUCACCGAGCAGCCCGGCGGCACCGCCGGCUUCGGCCACUGCCACGUGUGCGACGACAGUACACCCCGGCGACGCUUCCCCGCGAGCUACCUCACCGACCUCAACAACCCGAACAACGUCACGUGCUGGCGCAGCGAGCCGCUCGUCAGCUCGCAGAGCUUCUCAGCGCCCCCCGACAACGUCACCCUCACCCUCUCGCUCGGCAAGAAGUACGAGCUGACGUAUGUCAGCCUGCAGUUCUGCCCCCGCGCCGCCAAGCCGGACUCGAUCGCGAUCUACAAAUCGAUGGACUAUGGCAAGACCUGGCAGCCGUUCCAGUUCUACUCGUCGCAAUGCCGUCGCGUCUACGGCCGGCCGAAUCGCGCCACCAUCACCAAGUCGAACGAGCAAGAGGCACGGUGCACCGACAGCCACCGUUACACCGGCGGGGACGGCCUCGGCCCGGUCGGCAGGAUCGCCUUUAGCACCCUCGAGGGCCGCCCGUCCGCCAACGAUUUCGACAACUCGCCGGUGCUGCAGGACUGGGUGACCGCCACCGACAUCAGGGUGGUGUUCAACCGGCUGCACAUGCCGCAGCAGCCGAGCCAGGAGCAGCAGCAGGUGGUGUCGUCGUUGGCCAACGGCGAGGACCAUCACUCGCCGGCGAUCGGGCUGGAGGAGCUAGCCAAGCGCGAGCGCGAGCGCGAGGAGAGACUCAAGAGCCAGAAGAACGCGAUCCUGCACGGCGACCCGCUCGUCACCGCGGUGCCGUCGGUGCACCAGGUGAUCGCGCCGCAGGAGAUGCAGUCCAACGACGCGAUCGACGCCGUGGUCAGGGACAUGGGCUUCGUGGCGGUCACCGCCACCACGACUACGACCGUCGCGAACGGCGGUGCCGCGGUGUUGGUGUCCGCUGCCGGCGGCGCGAUCGGCCCGGUCGCUGCCACGAUGGCCCACCACUACGCCGUCUCAGACUUCGCCGUGGGCGGCAGGUGCAAGUGCAACGGCCACGCGGCGAGGUGCAUCCCCGGCAAGGACGGCGAGGUCGUCUGCGAAUGUCGGCACAACACCGCCGGCAGGGACUGCGAGCGCUGCCGGCCCUUCCACUUCGACCGGCCAUGGGCACGAGCCACCGCCAGGGACGCCAACGAGUGCAAAGGUCAGUGGGAUAUGAUACUCGAGGCGAUGUGUCGCACGACGUUGCCGACGUGCCUCGUCGCGUCCGAUGUAUCGCGAACGCGCGGAUUAACACGUCGGUGACGGGCAACCAUCUCUCUCGUGAGAGACCAGCGUCACAUAUGUGUGACAAUUCUCUUUUUUUUUUAAGUCCACGUUGUCUUAUAUUUGAGACUGUCUUUAGUUCACCUUGAGAUACUACGUAGUUGAUGAGAUAAUCAGUACAGCAUCUGAAGAUGAACUCGAGAUGAUCUUACAUAUAAAAUUUGACUGUACAUAUCGCCCUAAGUACAUUUUAUAUAAUUAAAGAAAACAUGAGGAAAAUAAUAUUUUACAUAUAGUCUAGGAAAAGAUGAUGAGGUAGUCUAGAAGAGAAUUGUCCAAAUCAAGCCAAACGAUUAAUUAACGCAUUAAUUAAUCAUUUGGAUAAAUCUUUCACGAGAAACCGUCACAUAUUGUGACAGCGAACUUUUUUUCUAUGUCCAUGUUAUCAAGCUAUCUUUGUUUUACAUAAUUACAUAAAAAAUAAUAAAAAAACGUGAUUGUUUGUGGAGGAGAAUCCUCUCCAAAUAAAUACAAGGGAACGUGAUAAUUAACCAUGUUGACCGCCGUGGGGGUCAUCGGUGAGCAUUAUUAUUUUAACGUCUCCAGUUUCGUACGCGUAAACUGCACCUAAUUGCAGCUAACAAAUUAAACGUGUGACCAAUAGGAAGAGUUGAUGAAACCAACUGAUAAAUAUAUGCAUUGACAAAUGCAUAUAUUUACCGCAACUUUAAUUAAGCUCAGGCUUUAGUUAAGCUUGGGAACGAUCUAUGGAAAUCAGUGUGACGAUCGAUGUGUUGAUUAACGCAUUACUGAUCGUUCACAUAGACUCGCCCCUUUCACGAUGAGUCGUUGUGCGAAUCUUCAACGAUUUCGGAAAAACUUAGUCCCCCUUUCAAAUUUCAUGCUGUUAAUUCCCAUAUUGCGUUACGAGAGUCGAAGUUAAAACGUGUUAUUUCAUGAAAGAAUACGAGGAAAAUAAUAUUUUCUGAAAGCCCUGCAAAGUGCAACUGGCGCGGUUGACAAUGUGUUGAAAUCGCUCGCGGAGCGGAAGAGGAGGUGACGGCGGAGUAGGUCGACAAUGUCUCGAUCUUGAGGUCUGCUCUUCAUGCCUACCCAAUUAUCUUGUCCCAACUACCCUGUAAUCUUUCUAUUUAAUACCGUGUAAUUAUUCUUUCUAUGUCAAUCAGGUCCUCGUUUCAUUUUAAAUGACAGUACAACUUUGUGCAACUUAGUGCAACAAUAAAAGCAGAUCUCCACUGGUCUCACGGGCUCGUUCAUUUCACAAGCUCAAGCUUCCUUCACUUCGAUAUUUCGCGGCAUCCAACCUCGAAUCGUACAUCAAACGACCUUCGAUAAGUCUCGAUAUUGGUUUUGAUAUCUUAUAGUACUUUGUCAGUAUAAACCAGAUAUAAAGUAUCUAUAUGUCAUUUAUUUAUUAAAGAAAUGUAGAGAGCACUUUGAAUUUUGUGAGUAUCAAGUUGAUGCAAAAGAUUUGUCACUUUUCUAUUAAAUUUUCAUACAAAGUUUGGAUAUUAAAAAAGAAGAUAGAAAAAUCUCUUUAUAGAUAUCUAAAAGAAAAUAUCAACUCAAUACUGUUCUUCGAAAGUAAGUGACUUCAUCUCCCAUUUUAUUUGAUAAACACGCGAUAAGCCUUUCGCAUCACCAACCCAACAGUUACGAGACAAUAAUGCAUCAUGUUUGUUAUCGGUAGAAGGCUCAAUAAUCAAAUAACAUCUGAAUCAACUGCAUACCCGAGUAAUCGAAAGCACUAUCUGGGCGGAAACGAAAGAGUAAAAGAAAAAGCAUCAAAUAAUACUUUUUCUUUUUUUUUGUUCUAAGUUUCGAGAGUCCUCUUUGUGCUAAAAGGAUUUUAGGUAAGGUGUUAUUAGACAUCAUUUUCACACUAAAGUAGAAUGUCGUUGUCAUUGUGCCUUCGUUUUUUCGCGCGGUCGAGUUCGAUUCGCCCGCCUCGACGAUACCCAGGCGGUGUUUCAAAUAAAAUAUCAGAGCCAGGUCGACGACACCGGUGAUGUCCGGGAUAGGAAGUCGUCGUGCGCGACGUUCGUGGCCGGCUGAAUGUCUGAACAGCGUGUUUACGAGUGUUCAGAUUAAACGGCACGACGACGACGGCGGAGACGCAUGCAGGCGCGCUUUGAGGCUGGCUAAUCCCGCUGCAACUUCCGGGCAACGUAUUACUUUUAGACCGUACCAGAGGCCGACGCGGCAGAAGCGCGCGAAGAUGAUUGCGUUCUGCCUGAGCAUUAAACUGUUAUCUAUCACUUUACGAUUGCAAUAUCGAUUUAACGGUAACCGAUUCUUUCUCUUUUUCCCCCGAGGCCGACAGUCUUCGUUCCGUUUCUGCGAGGGUCUCUCCCGUCGUCGUGCUCGUCGUCGAUUCCACUUGGCGCAAAAAGAAAGCGAAAACGAAAAUCAAAACGCUCUCGUCGCUGCGCGAUUCUCGAGCUCGCGUUUUACGAGCUGGCGGCGCGUUAAAAAUUCUUCUGCGCACGAGCGAACGGUCAUUUUCGCCAAGCAAAUGUGUAAAUGUUCCCCCCUAAGUGAUACCCGCGCGACGAUAUUAAUUCGCGAGUUCCUCUCGCGUACGCUAAUGCACCUCGGAGAAGACGCUUGUCGCGGAAAUCCCAGAUGCUCUCGACUAUUUCAACGGCGCGCCAAGUGCCCCGGAAACAUCCUUGUCGCACUUCACUCUCGUACGACAUUUCCAUUCGCGGCGGAUUUUCUCUCUCUCUUCCUCUCUCUUUCAGUGGCAAAAUUUAAUCGAAUACCUUUUCUCCUCUACCUUCGACGGAGUGCUCGUGAUUAAAUCUCGCGGACGCCAAGUAUGCGAAUGUAAAUUCCCCCUUAAUUAGCAGACCAAGUGCUAAUUCCCAGACUGUGUUCUCUCAUUAAUAUUAAUUUCGCGUCUCGAUUUAUCCGCUCAUCUCGGAGUGCGCGAUAUUUCGCGCACUGGGACGACAUUGAUAAGAAUUCCCACGAUUGCAGCGUACACGUUUGCUAUCCACGACCAAGUGCGGACAGCAAACUUUUUCCAUUCUGUACUUCGCGAGUUCCUUCGCACAAUCGACAGAUCGAGCUCGCACAACAGUGAUCCAACCCACUUCCUUGGAAACUCGAACGCAUUCGCAGAAUUAUCUGAUGCUCCGUGAUGCUCCCGAGACUCCCCGACUCAUUUCUCAACUUCUCGAAGGAGAACGUUCGGUUUCUCCACGAAUUUAUCCCAAUUACCCUUCCCUUCACCUAAUUUGCCUGAUCGAUUUCGUGACCACCACGAUGAAAUUCGCUCCUGGAGUCUCGUUAACGCGAAAACAUAUCAAUCGACGUUAUCUCCACGGAGCCUCUACAGAUUCGUCGCGUAUUUCACUGUGUCGCUCGUGCACGAUCGACGAUCACGUAUCAUAGGCGACAACAGCAUUACCCGGGAGAGAACGUAUCAAGCGUGUCCGACGGCUGUUGUUAUUUGGCAGGGCCAUAUUUAUUGAGUUUGGGAUUGUGGGAUGCGCGAUCGGGACGCGCA